AUGAACAACAUCUUCAAGAUCAUGCUUUGGACUCGUUCUUUAACCCAUUUCAAAUCAACCCACCACAUCUAUUCACGUAAAGUUUCUAACUUUACUAAGGAUCCUGAUCGAGGAUCUUGGGAAUCGACGGAGGGUCUUCUUCAUUGCUCUGCAAAUUCAGUUCCUUUAUCUCCUAUCAACUUCUUGGAGAGAGCAGCAAAGGUUUGCAGAGAUAGAACAUCUCUUGUUUAUGGUUCCUUGAGCUAUAAUUGGGGUCAAACCCAUCAACGUUGUCUCAAAUUCGCUUCUUCUCUUACCAAAUUGGGAAUUUCUCGAGGAGAUGUGGUUGCCACACUAGCACCUAAUGUUCCUGCAAUGUACGAGCUGCAUUUUGCAGUACCAAUGGCUGGAGCAAUUCUCUGUACCCUUAAUUCUCGCCUAGACGCAACUAUGGUUUCAAUUCUAUUAGAGCAUUCACAAGCAAAGAUCCUUUUUGUAGACUACCAACUACUUGAAAUCGCCCAAGGAGCAUUAGACUUGCUUUGCAAAAGAGGAACGGAGUUGCCUAUUAUAGUCCUAAUUACUGACUCUGAUUGCUCAUCUACUGUCGACAAUACAUCAAUUAGUUAUGAGUAUGAGAAGCUAAUGGAUGUUGGCCAUGUUGGUUUUAAUAUCGUGAAACCAAAGAGCGAAUGGGAUCCUAUAAGUAUAAAUUACACGUCAGGCACCACAUCUAGGCCUAAAGGAGUUGUCUACAGUCACAGAGCAGCUCAACUUGGCACAAAUGUUUGUUUAAGGAAAGUUUCUCCAAAGGACAUAUUUGACAGUAUAAUUCAGCAUAAGGUGACACACAUGGGAGGAGCACCUACUGUGCUCAACAUGAUUGCGAAUUCUGCGUCAACUCACAGAAAGCCCCUCGAUCACAAGGUUUUAGUGGUGACAGGAGGUUCUCCUCCACCGCCGCAGAUCCUUUCCAAGAUGGAAGAGAUUGGUUUUAGCGUUUCUCAUCUCUAUGGUUUGACAGAAACAUACGGGCCGGGGAGUUUUUGCGCGUGGAGACCUGAGUGGGACAUGUUGCCUUCGGAAGAAAGAUCGAAGAUGAAAGCUAGACAAGGUGUGCCUCAUGUAGGAUUGGAGGACAUUGAUGUCAAAGAUUCUGAAACUAUGGAAAGUGUUCCGGCCGAUGGAAAAACAGUUGGCGAGAUAAUGUUUAAAGGGAAUACAGUAAUGAGUGGAUACUUUAGAGAUUUGAAGGCCACAAAAGAAGCAUUCAAAGGUGGCUGGUUUCAUAGUGGGGAUCUUGCUGUGAAACAUUCUGAUGGUUACAUAGAAGUUAAGGAUAGAUUGAAGGAUAUAAUAGUCUCUGGAGGAGAAAACAUCAGCUCGGUCGAGGUAGAAACCGUUUUGUAUAGUCAUCCGGCUGUUGAUGAGGCCGCGGUUGUUGCCCGACCGGAUGAUCAUUGGGGUCAAACUCCUUGUGCUUUUUUGAAGCUGAGAGAAGGGUUUGAUGCAGAUGCUCAAGAGAUAAUUGCCUUUUGUAGGGAACGGUUGCCUCAUUACAUGGCUCCCAAAACAGUCAUUUUUCAACAUAUGCCAAAGACUUCUACCGGGAAAAUACAAAAGUAUAUUCUAAGGGAGAAAGCCAAGGCUUUGGAAAGUAUACCUAUAUCCAGUUCCUCUGAUUGUGACAAAAAAAGACGUUCAACAUGA